AUGCUGUGCUCGGCCUCGUCGCCGACUCCUCCCGCCGGCGGGCAUGCCGCCGCCGACCACCACGCGCGCCUAAGGUCAGCGGCCGCGCGCUCCGACCUGCCGGGCGCGCUCGCAGCCUUCGCCGCCAUGUCCUCCUCCGCGUCCGCCAGCCCCGUCCUCCGCACCUUCACCUCCCUCCUCAAGCUCUGCGCGGCGCGCGCCGACCUCGCGACCGGCCGCGCCGUCCACGCGCAGCUCGCCGCGCGGGGGCUCUCCGCGGAGUCCCUCGCCGCCACGGCGCUGGCCAACAUGUACGCCAAGUGCCGCCGGCCGGGCGACGCGCGCAGGGUGUUCGACCGUAUGCCCGUGCGCGACCGCGUCGCCUGGAACGCGCUCGUGGCCGGGUACGCGCGGAACGGGCUCGCCGGGGACGCCAUGGAGAUGUUCGUCCGGAUGCAGGAGGAGGACGGGGAGCAGCCCGACUCCGUCACGCUGGUGUCUGUGCUGCCCGCUUGCGCCGACGCCCAGGCGCUCGGGGCCUGCCGUGAGGUGCACGGGUUUGCGGUCCGUGCUAGCUUCGACGAGCUCGUCAAUGUCUCCACUGCGAUCCUUGAUGUGUACUGCAAGUGCUGGGCGGUUGAGGUUGCCAGGUCUGUCUUCGAUCGGAUGCCGGACAAGAACUCUGUUUCUUGGAAUGCCAUGAUCAAGGGGUAUGCUGAGAAUGGGGAUGCCACUGAGGCUCUCAUGCUGUUCAAGAGGAUGGUGGGGGAGGGUGUUGAUGUGACGGACGUAUCUGUGCUGGCAGCAUUGCACGCCUGCGGUGAGCUUGGGUAUCUUGAUGAGGGGAGACGUGUCCAUGAGCUACUCAUGAGAAUUGGGCUGGAGUCAAAUGUGUCGGUGAUGAAUGCGCUGAUCACCAUGUACUCCAAGUGCAAGAGGACCGACCUCGCUGGCCAGGUUUUCGAUGAGGUGCGCUACAAGACACGGAUCUCCUGGAACGCCAUGAUCCUCGGGUGCACACAGAAUGGAAGGUCAGAAGAUGCAGUGAGGCUCUUCUCUAGGAUGCAGCUGAAAAAUGUGAAGCCUGAUUCGUUCACUCUCGUCAGUGUCAUUCCUGCACUUGCAGACAUCUCAGAUCCACUGCAGGCAAGAUGGAUCCAUGGAUACUCUAUCAGGAUGCACCUAGAUCAGGAUGUGUAUGUUCUGACAGCCCUUAUUGACAUGUAUGCAAAAUGCGGCCGUGUCAGUAUAGCUAGAAGUCUCUUCAACUCAGCAAGGGAGAAGCAUGUUAUCACAUGGAAUGCGAUGAUCCAUGGGUACGGCUCACAUGGUUUUGGCAAGGUUGCAGUUGACCUGUUUGAAGAGAUGAAAAGUUCUGGCAGAGUGCCCAACGAGACAACAUUCCUUUCGGUCCUCUCGGCAUGCAGUCAUGCUGGUUUGGUUGAUGAAGGGCGGAAAUAUUUUUCAAGCAUGAAGGACGGCUAUGGGCUUGAACCUGGGAUGGAGCACUAUGGUACCAUGGUGGAUCUUCUUGGCCGAGCUGGGAAGCUAGAUGAAGCAUGGUCUUUUAUCCAAAAGAUGCCUAUGGACCCUGGCAUUAGUGUUUAUGGUGCAUUGUUAGGCGCUUGCAAGUUGCACAAGAAUGUGGAAUUGGCAGAAGAAUCAGCGCAGAGGAUCUUUGAGCUAGGGCCAGAUGAAGGUGUGUAUCAUGUCCUCCUAGCUAACAUUUAUGCAAAUGCCUCAAUGUGGAAGGAUGUUGCAAGGGUUAGAACUGCUAUGGAGAAGAAAGGCCUCCAAAAGACUCCUGGAUGGAGUAUUGUGCAGCUCAAGAAUGAGAUUCAUACCUUCUAUUCUGGAAGCACAAAUCACCAGCAGGCAAAGGACAUUUAUGCAAGGUUGGCUAAGCUAAUAGAAGAGAUCAAAGCUGUGGGGUAUGUGCCGGACACUGAUUCGAUACAUGAUGUAGAAGAUGAUGUCAAGGCACAGUUACUCAACACGCACAGUGAGAAACUUGCGAUUGCAUAUGGGCUCAUUCGCACAACCCCUGGUACAACAAUUCAGAUAAAGAAGAACCUCCGCGUCUGUAACGACUGUCACAAUGCAACCAAGUUAAUAUCUCUGGUGACAGGACGGGAAAUAAUCAUGAGAGAUAUUCAACGAUUUCACCAUUUUAAGGAUGGUAAAUGUUCAUGUGGAGACUACUGGUAGUGAAGUGUUGAAGGCAGUCUGAAUAUGGAUUUUGAGAUGAUAAAACUUUGCCCAGCUACUAUACAAGUCUAGCAGGUGCCUUUUGUAUUUGCAUCAGGGCUCAAAUUCUGAAGCACCAGGCAGCUCUUUGCCUCUUAUGAUCAUCUAACCUUCUCAGGGAACAUUCUGUAGAUCCCAGUCCAUUUACAUUGGUAUUGUAACACAUUUAACAAUUAUGAUGUUUCUACCUUCAUGUGAAAUAGUGCACAUGGAAGUUGUUAACCACAGAAAACACUGCUAUUUUAUUCUCGUCUGGAAUUAGAUGAUGUACAUGAUGAGUGCAAACUGUUGAUAACUAAUUAACACUUAAGUCUUACCAUUUUGCAUA